AUGACUUCUGGUAAAGCGUUAUGGCCAACAAAGUGUCCUUUGUCAGCUUGUGCAUCAAGCUUGCUCUACCCCUCGAUUUUCACCCACACCCGGUAUCCUAUACGUAGAGAUUGCUCAGAUCCAGCUUUGUGCUGUGGACUUUCUCAUAUGGUGUCAUACCUGCCAAGCUCCUUGACCCAGUCCGAUUCCAGAGCCAGACAGCGUGUGAUAUGGCCGCGCUCCACAGAGACUUCAGGAGGCCUGACGCUAUCAACAGUGCACAGCCACGUUUGA